AUCCACUAUGGGAACCCAUCAAAAAUAACAAUUCUCUAAGAGAAUUCGUUAUUUUGGUGAACUCUCUAUGGGAACCCGCCAAAUAUGACAAUUCUCUAAGAGAAAAUCAUUAUUUUGUGAAUUCUCUAUGGGAACUCAUCAAAUUUAAUGAUUCUCUAAGAGAAUUUGUUAUUUUGGCGGACCUACUAUGGGAACCCGCUAAAAAUAACAAUUCUCUAAAAGAAUUCAUUAUUUUGACAGACCCACUAUGGAAAUCCAAAAUCAUUAUUUUGGCGAAUUCUCUAUGGGAACUCACCAAAUUUGACGAUUCUUUAAGAGAAAUCAUUAUUUUGGUAGACCCGCUAUGGGAACCGGUUAAAAAUAACGAUUCUCUAAGAGAAUUCGUUAUUUUGGCAGACCCACUAUGGAAACCCGCUAAAAAUAACGAUUCUUUAAGAGAAAUCAUUAUUUUAGCAGACCCGCUAUGGAACUCAGAAAUCAUUAUUUUGGCAGACCCGCUAUGGAAACCGGUUAAAAAUAACGAUUCUCUAAAAGAAUUUGUUAUUUUGGUGGACCCACUAUGGGAACCUGCUAAAGAUAACGAUUCUCUAAGAGAAUUCAUUAUUUUGGUGAAUUCUCUAUGGAAACCCGCUAAAUAUGACGAUUCUUUAAGAGAAAAUCAUUAUUCUGGCAGACCCGCUAUGGGAACCG